CGAUAGUAAAUCAAAAUUCAUUCGGAUUAAACCAGACGCGCGGGAAUAUUCAUGCUGGUUAAUGCUGCUAUUGUGCUGGUGUUGUUUUUCGGGUUUAGUGAAUGAAUAUUCUAUUUUUUUUUUUUUUUUUUUACAAUGUGACUAAUAUUUAUUUGAUGUUUUUAUUCGUCAAUUUUUAAUGUUUUUGCGAAUUUUUUUGUAUUACUUUUAUUUCAAAUUGAUGAUGUGCUAUUUUAAUUGACAUUUUAACGAAUCACAAUUUUUUUUUUUCAAUUAUUGGCGGCUUUCAAUAGAAGAUAUAUUUUUUUGAAACUUUUUCUUUGAACUUAAAUUGCAACCAACUUUACCAGUGACGAUUAACUGCCUCUUUAAAUAUGGAUUUUAAUACUUCAUUAACAUUGCAAAAUAAAGAAGCUUCUGAUCAUUCGAAAGCAAAGAUUACACCAUUUUCAAUAGCUGACAUUCUGACAAAAUAUCCGAAUAAUGAGGAAAAUCAAGCGUUGGAUAUGUCCAGCAAAUACCCAAAUUGCAGUUCUGAAACCAAGGAAUCAAAAUCACUGCUACGGAAUUCCCCAUCAAGGAAAUUGAAUCCGUUAUUCUACAUUAGACCAAAUUAUAAACAAAUUCCUAAAACUGAGGAUCGUCCUGCCAGAUAUUUAAACGAAGAAAAUUUACCUUUGAGUUACCGCAAAAAAAGAUCACGAGCAGCAUUUUCACAUUCACAAGUCUUUGAACUGGAGCGUCGUUUUAAUCAACAAAAGUACCUUUCCGGUCCAGAACGCGCAGAUCUAGCUCAAGCUCUCAAGCUCACAGAGACUCAGGUAAAAAUAUGGUUCCAGAAUAGACGAUACAAAACCAAGAGAAAACAAUUGCAAAUGUCUGAAAGUAUGUCAAGUGCGAAACGUGUUUCGGUCAAAGUUUUAGUUAAAAAUGAUUACCUGCAAUACCAAGAAAAUAGAAAUUCUGCUUCAUCAGCACUUGAUGAAAAAUACCGUAGUUUUAGAAAUAAUUUUCAUUCGUUACAAUAUCCUAUUUCUUACACGUCACCAUACUACUGUUGUUACUAUCCUUUACUUUAUGUUGGCAAUAACGCUAAUUCUGAAGUAUCCUCGGUUAGUAAUGUAGAUGUUAAUAGUGAUAACAGUGAUUCAAUGAUUGAAGUAGCCAAUGAUUUUGAAUCGAUCUCCAGUUAAUCACAUAUCCUAUGUAUGUAUGUACCUACCUACUUACCAAUUAUUAUGUCUGGAAAAAUGUACAAAUUCAUUUAUCUACCUAUAAGUAGGUACUUAUCUAUAGUUAUUUUUAUGACGUAAGUUUAGCACUUGAUGUUAAUUUGUUUUUUUUUUCAACACAUAAGUACCUACUUAGUUAAACAAUGAUAAAAAUUCAAAAAUUUCAAAAACAAAUUUUCGGAGUUUUGAACACGUAAAAAAUUUAAUUAAAUUCUUCAGGAUCAGUAGGUACCUAUUUCUUCAAAAACAACUUGAAGAAGCCUUCGUCAAUCAAUUCAAGAGGUUGGAAACAGAAUAUUAACAAAAUAUCAUCUUUUUACCACAACCUGAUCAAAUUUUUAUUCUUUAAUAAAAAAUUAUAGCCCACUCCGAAUUUUCAAAAAAUUUCCAAAAAUUGAAAAAUGAAACUCAGUACUAAUUUGAAAUGGUAUAGAAUAAGAAACAUCAAUUUGAUUACAUAAUGUAAACUUUAGAUAGAACUGAUCGCUAAAAAUGUUCACAUAGGUGCGGAUCUAUACCUACCUUGAUACAUAAGUAGGUACCUAUAAAAAUUCUGAUGAUUCGAAAAAAAUAAUUUUGCGAUAGGUAGGGUAGAUAGGUACCAUCACGUCUUUCAUAGAGGUAUCUAGAUCUAAAUUCUAAGUAGCAAAAAUAUUUCAAUAUUCAUAUACGCAUAGGUAACUGCACUUGAAUUUCAUAAUUACAAUUAUAUUGGUAGGUAAUUUGACCAGUUGAAUGUAACAUAUUUUUAUACUUUUAAGCUCUAUUUUCUUUUUUGAGGCCUCCAUUUCAUACAGUGAAAUUGAGAACUUACCUACCUAUCUGUCGUUGAAAUUGUUAUGAAAUUUUUUGCGUUGAUACCGGGCUGGCUUCAAUAAUUAAUAGAUUAGGUACAUAAUUAUAUCUAUGUAUAAAUGU